GUGGAAACCGUGGGUUAUGUUUUGCGUUAGGGAAAAAAGACUCAUUUCUCCUCUCUCUCUCUCUACCCCUCAGUCUGGCUCUCUCUCAUCACCGCCAGGAGAAGCAAACAAAGUCGCUGUUAACGGCGGAAGGAACGCCGUCACCGGGUUGAGGACUUGCAAAAGGAAGUUUGAGAAGCCAAUAAAGUACAGUUUCUACACGGAAGUUGCAUAACAGGGAUAGGAUGGAUCUUGAGACAGAAAACAGAAUAGCUGCGAUUCUUAUGAAAGAAGCUGCUGAAUUGCGGCGCCAAGCUGAGAAGGAAGGUGUGCAUGCUUAUCUUCGACAACCUCAAACACGGUUUCGGCCAAAUUCACGGUUCCUCAGCGCUACUGUUCUUGGUGUGCAACAAGCAAAUCGAGCUGUGGAAGUGAAUGAAAUGUGGCGACUCCGGCAGAAAGAGAUAGAAUUGGACAAUAGGCUUAAAGGAAAGAUGAAGGAUGAGAGCAGAAAUGACAGGAGUCGAGGAGACAGUAACUGUUCGAGAAGCAGCAGUAAGGGGCAUGAUGUCACAGAUGACAAUGCUAGUCCUUCUUGCUCAUCAAGGAAAAGGGAAUAUGAGAGCUGCCAUUCAAGGGAAGAAAAUGGUCUAAGAGAUGAAGAACUUGAAGAAUUUUUACAUUCAAGGGUCAAGCGUGGCAGAGGUGCUGUUGGAUCAAGGAUGGAUGAAGCGGGUCCAUAUCUUCCACGUGAUUCAGACUCCAGGGACGAGCUGCUAGUGAGCCCCGGUGUACAAGAACGCCGUGUGUAUGGACCAGAGAAGCCUUCACGGAAGUUAUAUGAUUCUUCCAAAGAGGAGCUUGACUAUGACAGGAAGAAAUCAAAAAAAGUUAAGGCUGCUAGCUCGAAGAAGCACAAAUCCAAGGAUAAAUCGAAAGAGAAGAAGAAGAAGAGGAAGGAAGAGCGAAGUAAAUACCUUACUUGAGUGGUGUUCUGCAUUGCCUUGCUGCUGAUUUAAAAAAGAUCUUAUCCUGUGGGGUGUUAGCGAACGCUUUUCAUUCUUCAAAAGGGUCAUAUGUUACUCUGAAGGGUCAUCCUAGUUUUUGCAGAGGUGAAUCUUUAUGUUGCUUACAGUUCCAGGCAAGAUCUGGAAAACAAUUGAACUUGAAAGCAAAAUCUAGAACACAAUGAAAUGUGUUAUUUUCUUCCUAAACCCUAGUUUGACUAGGAUAGUCUAACCAAGCUGAAGGAAGAAUCUUUCAGGCCUGUAUGGAGUUGAUGCACAACCACUGUUGAUGAGAAGUGCAUGAAAACAAAAGCAGAACUGUAAUUUUAUUCUAUGACAGAAUCAGAUUCUCUUUUUGGUCCUCAAGUUGGAAAUUAUAUUCAUUUAGCUGCCUCUUUGAUGCUC